ACCUAAUAAAUAAUGUCUUGCCAAAAUUACCAUUUUGGAAGUCUGCAAUAAAGCUACGAGAAUUCAGUCUUUAUGUUACUGAAAGUUUCAAAUUUAUGUGUGAGACUGUGGUGUACAAUAAAGAAGUCAUGAAGAAACUUCAAGAAACCAAAUAUGAUGUAAUGUUUAUAGAUCCUGUGACACCCUGUGGAGAGCUGAUAGCUGAAUUGCUGGAAAUACCAUUUGUGUACACUCUAAGAUUCUCAAUGGGUCAUACUGUGGAGAAAUAUUGUGGAAAACUUCCAAUUCUCCCUUCUUAUGUGCCUAUUCCCAUUACAGGCCUAACAGACAAAAUGACCUUUCUGGAAAGGGUAACAAAUUUUGUGUUUUCUGUUUUGUCUGACUUCUGGAUUAACCAAUAUGAUGAUAAAACCUGGGACAAAUUAUAUAGUGAAGCAUUAGGAAGACCUACUACAUUGUGUGAGACAAUGGGAAAAGCUGAGAUCUGGCUAAUUCGUACAUAUUGGGAUUUUGAAUUUCCUCGCCCUUACUUACCUAAUUUUGAAUUUGUUGGAGGACUGCAUUGUAAGCCUGCUAAACCGCUGCCUAAGGAAAUGGAAGAAUUUGUCCAAAGUUCAGGUAAAGAUGGCAUUGUGGUGUUUUCACUGGGGUCAAUGGUCAAAAACCUCACAGAUGAAAAAGCCAAUCUUAUUGCUUCAGCCCUUGCUCAGGUUCCACAGAAGGUUUUGUGGCGGUACAAAGGAAAGAUACCAGAUACUUUGGGAGCCAAUACUAGGCUAUAUGAUUGGCUACCCCAGAAUGACCUUCUUGGUCACCCCAAAACAAAAGCUUUCAUUACUCAUGGUGGUACCAAUGGGAUCUAUGAAGCAAUUUAUCACGGUGUUCCUAUGGUGGGAGUUCCCAUGUUUGCUGAUCAGCCUGAUAACAUUGCUCACAUGAAAGCAAAAGGAGCAGCUGUGGAUGUGAACAUAAACACAAUGACAAGUGCAGACUUGCUCAAUGCCUUAAGAACUGUAAUAAAUGAACCUUCUUAUAAAGAGAACGCUAUGAGGUUGUCAAGGAUUCAUCACGAUCAACCUGUAAAGCCACUGGAUAGAGCAGUCUUCUGGAUCGAGUUUGUAAUGCGUCACAAAGGAGCCAAGCACCUGCGUCCAGCUGCCCAUGACCUCACAUGGUUCCAGUACCACUCUUUGGAUGUGAUUGCUUUCCUGCUGACCUGUGUGGCAACUGCUCUGAUAUUAGUCACAAAGUGUUGCUUGUUUUCUUGUAAAAAAUUUGGUAAGACAGGAAAGAAGAAAAAGAAGGAUUAGAACUUUCUCAUUCAGUAAGGGCUUAUUUUGGCAAUCCUAUUUAUUCCUUGCCUAUAGCUUUAAGGAAAAUACAUUUCUCCAUUUCAUGUCAUUUUUCUUUUUUACU